AUGUUUCACACUGAUAAGGGGACGGAGUUUAUCAAUAGACAGUUUCAAACCUUUUUGAAGAAACAUGGCAUUCGAUUUUUUACGACGUACAACGAAACCAAGGCAUCGAUUGUCGAAAGGUUUAAUCGCACGCUUAAGACGAAAAUGUGGAAAUACUUUACAGCGAACAAUACGCUCAAAUACGUGGACAUUCUCCAGAAACUGAUCAAAUCUUAUAAUCAUUCUCGACAUCGUAGUAUUGGUAUGAGACCAGUAGAUGUGAAUAAAGGCAACGAGAAUAUUGUGUGGCAAACACUCUACGGGAAGGAAUCCAAAAAAUCAACCCAGUUUAAGUUUAGCAUUGGCGACCAAGUCCGGAUUAGUAAAGCAAAGCGAACAUUUAAGAAAGGAUACUUGCCCAAUUGGACUGAAGAAGUGUUUACGGUAACGAAACGCGUACCUCGGCGACCAUCUGUGUACAAGAUUGCAGAUUAUGACGGUGAAGAACUGGAUGGAACAUUUUACGAGCAGGAACUUCAGAAAGUCAACAAAUCAGACAGUGACUAUUAUAGAGUAGAAAAAGUAAUAAGAUCACGCAUGCAUAAUAAACGUAAAGAGUAUUAUGUAAAAUGGUUGGGUUACCCUGACAAGUUUAAUUCUUGGGUACAAGCAGAGAGUGUAAAAGAUCUGAAAUAA